GACGGAAAGCUGAGAUCAGGAGAUGCGCCUGAGAUUGAUCGUUCAGAUCUGAGAAAGAUGCUGAUGGAGAGCCUACCUCACGACACCGUUCGCUGGGGCUACAAGCUCUCGCGCGUCGAAGAAAGCAGUACAGGACUAAGCCUGCGUUUCGCGAACGGCGAGGUGCUAGAUGGCUUCGACUUGAUCGUAGGUUGCGAUGGUGCUUUCAGCAAGACACGCAACCUCUUGACGUCAGAAAAGCCGUAUUACACUGGCCUAGGCGGCUGGACAAUGUACAUACCCGACGCGGAAAACACAGUACCAGACGUAUACAAGUUUGUCAACAGAGGCAGCGUCUUCGUCUAUGCAGGCGACAAAUCUCUGGCCAUACAACAACUCUCUGACUCCUCCAUCUACGUCUCCUACUACGGUCAGCACCCAGAAGACUUUACGCAAACGUGCGGUUUCGACGCUCAAAACGACGUCGAAUCAGCGAAAUCGUUUCUGAGAAAAGCUCUGCACGAUUGGGCACCGCAGCUCCGCGACACAGUAGAAAAAGCAGAAGCGGGACUCGUGUGGAGAAACUUGUACCAACUCCCAGUAGGCUUCACCUGGCCACAUCGACACGGUGUCACCCUCUUGGGCGACGCAGCGCAUGUCAUGACGCCGUUUGCGGGUAUUGGUGUUAACACGGCGUUCUAUGAUGCCAUGGUUCUCACCGAGCAGAUCGUCGCGUACAGCUCAUCUAGCUCCGCCGGCGAGGGCGUUAAUCAGGUGGAGGCACUGGGUCAGUAUAUCGAGAAGUAUGAGAAAGAGAUGUUCAGGCAUGCACAUGCUGCGCAACGACGUACGGAGGGCGCGAAGAAUGCUAUGCUGUUUACUCCUGGGGCGCCGCGCACGAGUAUUGAGACGUGGAUUCUUUGGCAGGUGGAGGAUCAGGUGCCUAGGUGGGGUAAGCCGUUUGUUGCGGUGGUGGUUUAUGUGGUGUAUUGGGUUUAUAAGCUCCUUGUGUAGAAUUUG